AUUUAUGCAAAAAAUUCAAAACUUUAUCGAAAACAACAAGGCAGUCGUUGCCAUAGCUGCAGUAGCUGCUGCAAUUGGAAUUGUUGGGAUAAAAGUAUUAAAUUAGGAAAAUAGAGGGAGUGGUAAUAGAUUUUCUAUUUUUUAGCCAAGAUUUUGGAUGCAAGUAUAUAAAAAGUUCCCCUAAUUGAAAGACUGGGAGGAGAGUAAGCAGUUUAACCCAUGAUAUCAUUAUUGUUUGAACGUAUCUCAAGUAAUAAGGAUUUAAAGUCUCUUUUCUAGAAUGUUGAAAAGAGUGUAAGUGAAUUUGGUAUAAUUAUAUAGAAAGCUUCGUAGCAUUUUAGUGCUGUGGUUUUACAUUUAUUUGGAGGAAAACCAACAUAAGCAUAAUCAGAUCAUUGCAAACUUAAUGUAACAGAAGCUUAAUUUGAAAUAAUUCUAAAUCUUUUAGAUCAAGUUCUUAAAAUGUUAGGAGUUGACGACAGAGAAAUCAACGAUGCAAGGGAAGCAUUUUUAACCAAGAAAUACUAAAUUGUUAUUCCAAAUAAAAGUGCUUGAUAAUUUUAAAAUCAAU